AUUAAAAAAAAAAACAAAAUUAUUCUCUCUACUUUUUUUAUCUUCUUCUUUUUAAUUGAAAAAAAUUAAAAUAAUUUCAUUGAUUCUUUUUUUGGAGCUUUUUUGAUGUGCUGUCUCGAUCAGCGAUUGAACAUGAUCCGAUUGUUAUUCAAGUCGGAUCGAAGGUUUCAUCUUGUACAUUGUGGAAUUGCAUUUGGAUCUUAAAAAUCUAUUGAGUGAAGAGGUCUGUGAUGCAACUUUUCGACGGAUUAACUAUUGCCUUUGAAUAAGUAAAAUUACAUUUGAAAGCUCUAAUUACUGAGGUUGAUUUUGGGAUUAGAAAUUUUUAGUUUGGAGAAAAAACACAUCUGAGCUAAGAAUUUUGAUAAUUUAUAUAUAUAUAUUACAAAUGACUACAUAUGAGCAAGAUCCUGAUGUUGUUCGAUGGGGUCUUCAGCUAUUUGACAGCGAUCCGUAUUCUAGUUGUGGGUAUUAUGGCACCAUUAUGCAACCUGAUGUGGAUUAUUAUCAUGGACAGUAUUUUAAGGAAGAUAAUUAUGAUACAGAAUGUGGAAAUUCAGAAAAUGAUGAGCUUAUUGCUCAAGUUCUUGAAGAGCAGCUAUCACAACUUACAAUUGUAGAAUCACCCGGAUAUCCAGAUGAAGAAUUGGAGCAUUUGCAAGUAUCUUCCUUCUCACAAGAUUGGGUUGAACAAUCUAUGGGAAACUGUAGCUCUGGGCAGGAGUGUGACCGUGAAGAAGUUGAUGAUAUGGGGCCUACUACUUCAUGUUCUUCCCCUGAAGAAAUUAUGUACUAUGGGGAUGAGUUGUUAUAUUUAUCAGAUUUGACAGAUGAGCAUGCUCUUGAUGGAGAAGUGGGGAAAAGGUUGAAUCAGAUGGUUCCUGUUCCUCAUAUACCGAGAAUCAAUGGGGAAAUACCCUCAGUUGAUGAAGCAACUUUAGAUCAUCAAAGGCUACUGGACAGAUUGCAGGUAUAUGGGUUGAUUGAGCAGAAAGUUCAAGGAGAUGGUAAUUGUCAGUUCCGUGCUCUAUCGGAUCAAUUUUAUCGAACACCUGAGCACCACAUAUUUGUCAGAGAGCAAGUUAUAAAUCAGCUUAAGACUUCCCCGGAUAUAUAUGAGGGAUAUGUUCCCAUGGCUUAUGAUGACUAUUUGGAGAAGAUGUCCAAGAGCGGUGAAUGGGGUGAUCAUGUCACUUUGCAGGCUGCUGCAGACUCGUAUGGUGUUAAAAUAUUUGUCAUAACAUCUUUCAAGGACACCUGCUACAUUGAGAUUCUUCCUAAUGUUGAGAGGUCGAAGCGAGUAAUUUGUUUGAGCUUUUGGGCAGAGGUGCACUACAACCCAAUAUAUCCUGAGGAGGGAGAUGAGCUGCCAGCAUCUGUGGUUAAGAAGAAGAAAAGAAGGUGGAUGUCGAGAAAUAAGCAUUUGGAGUCACUGGAUCAAGACUGAAUGCACUUUUCACUGGAUUCCUUUGAGAGUGGAUUCUAAGAAAGAUACCAAAGGCAUGAGUACUGCUAUGCUUAGCCUCACUUGUACAUCUCCUUUGAUGCAACUCUAGACCGCAUUCUUUUCAAAAAUUACUUUUCUAUGUAAAACUCUCCUUUCAGCUCGGUGUUUUUUUUUUUUUUUUGGAACUGUUCCAACUUGUGUACAAGUAAUCAGAGCUUGUGUGUGCUGUCGCUGUCAGAGGUAUCAGGAAAUUGAGAUCCAGGCUGAGAUUAGAA